UAUGAGCUGCAGCAGAAGAGUGGCUGUGGAUUCGCUCACGACACAGCGGCCCUACAAGGAGUAUUCGAAGCGGAACGCAUGUUGACUGAAGAGGGAAAUGACGGCAGAUAUCUCGUCAGAGAAAGUCUUAGACAUAGGGGACAAAUGACGCUAAGUUUGAGAUUCAAUAACAUCACCAAAAACUUCCGCCUCUUCUACGACGGCAAGCAUUUCGUGGGCGACAAGAGGUUCGACACAAUCCACGAUUUGGUGGCCGACGGACUCAUCACUCUAUACCUGGAACUGCACGCAAAGGACUAUAUCGCUGAUUUGGGCGCAAACACCAAAUACGAAGAAUCUCCUUAUAUGACACUCUAUAGGAAUAAUAGGAAUCAGAAUAAGACUUCAAACCAUCAUAAGGCACACCAAAGAGGUAUGAAGUCAGGGGAAGGUAUGCAACUGAAGCGACUGUCCAACUAUGAAGAUUGUGAUAUGGAUAAUGACAGCAGUUAUGGCACCGAUAGUACAUCUGGUAUUGAUGUGCAGCAGUUCGAGAAAAUGCAUAAUUUCAAGACACAUAACUUCAUGGGUUCACCAUGGUGCGACUUCUGCGGCAACUUUAUUUGGGGCAUUAUUGGACAGGGAGUCAAGUGUGAAGAUUGCGGAUUUGGUGCUCAUCGCAGGUGCUCUGAAAAAGUCCCCAACGAUUGCAGCCCUGAUUUGCGUCACAUCCGAAGAAUAUUUGGUGUGGAACUGACCACUUUCGUAAAGGCCAGUAAUAAUGUCCGCCCAUUCGUUGUCGACCUCUGUGUCAAAGAAGUUGAACGAAGAGGUCUGAACGCUGAGGGCUUAUACCGAGUGUCCGGGUCUGCCGAUGAGAUCGAGGCCCUAAAGUGUAGGUUUGAGAGCGAUUGGGAGCAAACGGAGCUCUAUUUCAAGGCAUUUGAAGACAUUCACGUAAUUACCGGUGUUUUAAAGCUAUAUUUCCGAUCCCUUCCCAUUCCAUUGAUUACAUUCGAUUCGUACCCGAAGUUUAUUUCAGCCAUAAACGCCAAUAGUGAAGGCAUUCUGUCGUGGAAUAGCUUUCAGACAUUAGCCGAAAGAUUCGCUAAAAUCCAAAGACGAGGAAAAUUAGAGAAAGAAGUGGUCGAUCGAUGGAAAGCCAUAUUCGAGAAGUGGUGGAAUGAAUUGACUUCAUAUGCCGACGAGAAUAAAGACACUCUCAUCGAAUUUGAUGAAUGGCUCAAAUUCUUUGAAUCUUUGGGAAAGAACACUAAAACACAUCAAGAAUUGCCUGAAUUCUUGAAGACAUAUCUCCACCUAUUCUUCUUGUGCAGCGAUUACAAUAAAGACGGAUUAUUCUGUUUGAAAGACUAUAAGAAAUACCUGACGAGUCAAACGAUGGACACUUCGAAAGCUGACGAACACUUCAAAUAUAUGCUCAUUGAGGAAGACGUGGCAAACGGGAACGCCAUGACGUCUGAUAGAUUCAAAGACCUUGUUUAUGACUUCUGGGUUUCCACUGAUCCGGAUAGCAAAGGCAAGUAUAUGUUCGGUCCCUUUGAUCAGUCCAUUGAUGUAUUGGAACAGAAGAUUAAAAAGAAAGAUUGAGUCAUAAUAUACAUGAAAUUCUUAAUCAUCAGAGAUAUACGGUAUCCACAACUCGUCACCACCACUAAGAUUAUUAAUAUUGUAUUAUGUUUAAGACCUUUUAACAGCUCGUGUGAUAUAUUAAUAUAAUAUUAAUAACACAAUACACAUACAAAUUCAAUAUAGAGUCGAUUAUGAGCUUCUACUAUUCUGC